AUGGUAUUGCUGAGCCCCUCGGUUGGUGGCCUGCGUAUGCUGAUUGAGAAGUGUGAAUCCUACGCUCUAAAUCAUAGCCUUAAGUACAAUGUGCUCAAGAGUGAGUACAUGGUAUUUAGGGCGGGAAAUAAGUGCCCUUCUCAUAUCCCACCCAUUCUCCUGAAUGGCGAACAAUUACAAAGAGUAUUUAAAUUUAAAUAUCUCGGGCACUUAGUUACCGAUGACCUGCGUGAUGACGCGGACAUGGAACGAGAGCGUAGGGCUCUGGCCAUCAGGGCCAACAUGAUAGCCCGCAGGUUCAGCAGGUGUACAGCGCUGGUUAAAAUAGCACUAUUUCGCGCGUACUGUACCUCACUGUACGCCUGUAGCCUGUGGACUAGGUAUACGCAAAAAGCGUUUAACGCCCUGCGCGUGCAAUACAAUGACGCGUUCAGGGUACUGUUGCGGCUGCCGCGGUACUGCAGCGCGUCUGGCAUGUUCGCGGACGCGCAUGUGGAUGGGUUCCACGCGACACUGCGCAAGCGCUGCGCUGCCACGCUCAGCAGGGUGAGCGGCAGCCGCCACAGUCUCCUAGCCGUCGUUGCAGAUGUAGUGGAAAUAAAAGCGUCAAACAUGCUGCUGCGCUAA